GGAGGUUUUAACCAUGGUUUCCCCGAGUCUUCAAAGCACUUGUUUAUCAGUUUAGUUUCGUGCUUAUUGACCUGCUUUUAUUAAUAUUGGACAGUCGUGUUUUGGCUUGACCAAAAUGACAUGGGUGCAAAAUAGCUUGAACUACUCUGCAUCUUCAGAUUAGCUUUUUUCUACCAUGACUUCAUUUUUGACGCCGUACCGCCAUGGGUACUCAGUGCGCUUCUCACCUUUUCAUGGGGACAGGCUUGUCUGUGCCACGUCCCAGUACUACGGCCUCGCAGGAGGAGGUACUUUAUUUGUCCUCGACCUAACUCCUGAAGGGAAUCUUGUUGAGUACUCAGCAUAUGAAUGGCAAGAUGGCCUUUUUGAUGUUGUCUGGAGUGAGACGGAUCCCAACAUUGUUGUGGCCGGAAGUGGUGACGGUGUCCUCCACAUCUGGGACGUCAACACAUCGGACCCGCUGCAAAGGAUGAAGGAACACAAAAAAGAGGUAUACAGCGUAGACUGGAGCCCAGCCAGGAGAGAGCCACUAAUUUUAUCAGCCUCAUGGGACCGCACGAUAAAAUUGUGGGAUCCGCUCAGGCAGUUUUCUUUAGCGACUUACGAAGGUCAUGAGCAGUUAGUUUAUAACGCUAUGUGGUCACCUCUUGUACCAUCUUGCUUCGCUUCAGUGUCAGGGGAUGGAAUGUUGAGUAUAUGGAAUUCAAAAAUAAGUGAGAAAGCAUCUAUGACGAUCAAAGCCCAUGAUGCUGAAGUACUCACAUGCAGCUGGUGUAAGUUCGACCAAAACCUUCUUGCAACAGGUGGUUCCGACGGACUAAUAAGAGGCUGGGAUAUACGUUUUCUAGGGAAUCAUAUUUUCGAACAAAUUGGCUGUGAUUAUGCUGUGCGCAAAAUACAAUUUUCUCCGCACAUGCCUUCCAUACUCGCUUCUGUCGCUUAUGAUUUUACAACCAGGAUAUGGGAUUUUAAACUAUCCUCCCAACCUUGUGAGACAAUCAGGCACCACUCGGAAUUUGUCUACGGGCUUGAUUUUAACAAUCACGUCAAGGGGCAGAUUGCUGAUUGCGGCUGGGACUCCCUAGUGCAUGUAUUCACUCCUAGAUCACUGUGUGGUAGACUGUUUUAAUAUUUUCCGACAAAAUAUUCUACGCUCAUUUUUAUUUUUGAAUUAGUUAAUUCUACCAUUAGAUAGUACAGGAUAAAGUUUAAUUUUAAAAUUAUAUUCUUUAUUUAUACUUGGUGUUUUAUCAGGGGUGACUAAUCAGUCAUUAAUGUUGCAAAAAUUUUUUUAAAAUUGACACUGGACCUUUUCCACAUGUGGUAUUACUUUAAACAAUAAAAAAUAAUGUGAUAUGUAUUAGUUGCAUUUAACUUAGUGAUAUGUACAUAAAUAAAAAUCUUUACAAAUUGUAAAUUGUAAAUAAUUAAUUUUGUAUGUAUAUAAUUUCAAAUGUUUAUGAAUAUUUAUACAUUCAUAGAAAUGUUUAUCAUUAUGGUUAAAGUUUUUUCCUUAUCAAUCCUGUGAUUGCAGUUUAUUAUUGGUGUUAUUGUAAUAAAUGUUAUGUAAACAAUGUA